AUGGCGGAACCCCAAUCCUUCACAGGCGAAAACACGAUUCUGGCCAAAAACUCACAACAACAAGAAGAAGACAGCCAUGCCCAAAAUAAUCCCUUUUUAUCUUUUGUGUCGAACAUACUUCAAUUAUUCAAGCUGCCUGCACCCAAGAAGAACGGUUCUAUCACUAAAAAUGUUUCGGAAUCCGACCCGAGUGAAAUCGGAGCAUCUGUGAGCGAAACUGUGGUGGAAGACGAAAGUAAACCCGCUGUUGUGAAGUUCCCGAGGCAGAGCUUGGCUCCAUUGAAGAUCGAAGGAGAAGCUGAAGGGGGUGAACAGAAUACUAACCCCGUUAUAUUAUGGCAGGUUUAUGCCAUUGGAGGAUUCUUCAUUUUGCGGUGGGCAUGGAAAAGAUGGAACGAGCGGAAGGGAGAUAAGAAGUCCGGCGAUGAACCUCCUCCAUCUCAUGAUUAA